AUGUGGAGAUACAGACCUAAACAGCUGUUGGAUAUUGCAGAGAAACACUUUGUUCAUGACGCCUUCGUUGCUUACUGUGUAGACGAUGGAGACUGGGUUUUACAUGAUCUUCUACCUAUCGUGGAAGAAGGUGAAAACAUUAAGUUGUGUAUCCACGAAAGAGAUUUUCUUGGUGGACAACUGAUCAUUGAUAAUAUUGUACAACACAUGGAAAACAGCCGUAAAGUUCUUGUUGUUUUGUCCAAUAAUUUUGCUAAAAGUAAAUGGUGUCAAUUUGAAAUGAGUUUAGCUCAGAAAUUGGUUAUAGAUAGGAGUAUAGAGUCUAUAGUAGUAGUAUUAUUACAGGAUAUAGAAGCAGUUAAUAUGAGUAAAUCACUGAACGCUCUAUUGAAAACUACUACUUAUAUCAAAUGGCAAGAUAAUGACAACAAAGAUAUAUUUUGUACAUCGCUACAAGAACCCCGCCCACCAAAUCUGAGACUAUAUCCAUUCCUCAUGUUCGAAUACAGAAAUGGAAUAUCACUUGUUACUGAAUUUUUACGCUACGAAUAUCUUAGAUUUGAUAUGCUUACUAAAAGUUUAAAUUCGACCAAUCUAACAUCAUCCUGUAGACAAUAUCAAUCUAUUGACGGGCCUCUAUUUAAUCAGAUUACAUCCAAUCUAAUGCUGAUAUUUUCAUACUAUUUUCGGAAUUAA